AUGUCUGUUCAAAGCACACCCAGCCAGGACCGCCAUCGGGUGGAGGAUAUGUCUAUCGAGGAACUACGCAAAGAGUAUGUAGCCCUCAAAACAAUCCAAUUUUCUCAACACUGUGAGGAGGAAAUGCUGAAUAAGAGAAUAGAAAUGUUACGUGAGGAGUCGGUUCGGCUCCAACAAAGUACCGAAAUUGAAGAGGAACACGUAGCUAAUCAGUUGCUUAGACGCUUAAAUAGUGCCGAACGCGAUGUUAAAAAAUACGAGCAGCUUAUCCACGAGGAGGAGGAAACGAUCGAAGAGUUGUCCAGACAGAUUUCCGUGAUCCAUGACCAGCAGAGAGAGGUGGAGAGCCAAUUGGGAAAACAUCAAGAGGAACAUAUCAUGCUGCAAGGGAAGUUGUUGAAUCGAGAAUUAAAACGAAGCGAGCUAGGGCGCGAGCUGCUCGAUGAAUGGCAGCGCUACUUGGGCGUCUUGGUCCACCAUCUCGCCGUCGUGCGGAACAGGGAGGAGAAGGAGAAGGAAAGGGAGGGUGGCGGCAUCUGUCUCGCUUCCCCUGCGAUGCCGGCGGUCCCAGACGAGGCGUCCUCCUUUCCAGAGAGCGCGGGGGCGCCAGGCCCAGCCUCAUCUGUUCCAGUUUCAUCUGUUCCAGUUUCAUCUGUCCCAGUUUCAUCUGUCCCAGACUCGUCAGAUCCCAUCCUGUCAAGCCCCCUCCUUACAAGCUGCAACUCCCCCGCCCACCCCGUCGUAGCCCGCCUGGAGCGGCGGCUGCGGCGGCUGCUGGCGGAGCACGCUCAGGUCAGGCGCGGUGCCGACGCGAUGCGGCAGCAGUACACCGCCCUAUCUGAACGUCUCAAGAGGGUCCAGGACACGGCCUUCCUCGAGAUCGCGCAGGCCGCGAAGUACCGCGAGAGCCUGCACGACGCCCAGGCGAAGCUGCUGGGCUUCAACCCGCGGAAGGGGGUGAGUUGA